GCUCGGGCUGGACUGCUAUGGAAUAUGAUGAGAAGCUGGCUCGGUUUCGACAAGCCCACCUCAACCCCUUCAACAAGCAGCUGGCAGCCAGGCAGCAUGAGCAGACAGCAGACAAGGACCCCGAGGACCCCUCUCCUGAAGACUCACCACUGGAGCCUCCCCAUCAGGAGCCCGAGUUCCGGUGUACUGAACGCAUGAUGGACCUGGGCUUGGCUGAGGACCACUUUUCUCGCCCUGUGGGUCUGUUCCUGGCUUCAGACAUUGAGCAGCUUCGGCAGGCCAUCGAGGAAUGCAAGCAGGUGAUCCUGGAGCUGCCGGAACAUUCUGAGAAGCAGAAGGAUGCUGUGGUGAGGUUGAUCCACCUCCGGCUGAAGCUCCAGGAGCUGAAGGAUCCUAAUGAGGACGAGCCCAACAUCCGCGUCCUCCUCGAGCAUCGCUUCUACAAGGAGAAGAGCAAAAGCGUCAAGCAGACCUGCGACAAGUGUAGCGCCAUCAUCUGGGGGCUGAUCCAGACCUGGUACACCUGCACAGGCUGCUAUUACCGUUGUCAUAGUAAGUGCCUGAACCUCAUCUCGAAGCCCUGCGUGCGCUCCAAGGUCAGUCACCAGGCCGAGUACGAGCUGAACAUUUGUCCGGAGACCGGCCUGGACAGUCAGGAUUACCGCUGCGCGGAAUGCCGGGCCCCCGUGUCUCUGCGGGGUGUGCCUAGUGAGGCUCGGCAGUGUGACUACACCGGCCAGUAUUACUGCAGCAACUGCCACUGGAACGACCUGGCCGUCAUUCCUGCCCGCGUCAUCCAUAACUGGGACUUUGAGCCUCGGAAGGUGUCUCGUUGCAGCAUGCGCUAUCUCACGCUCAUGGUGUCCCGGCCAGUGCUCAAACUACGCGAGAUCAACCCGCUCCUAUUCAACUAUGUGGAAGAACUGGUAGAGAUCCGGAAACUGCGGCAAGAUAUCCUGCUCAUGAAGCCAUAUUUCAUCACUUGCAAAGAGGCCAUGGAAGCUCGUCUACUGUUACAGCUCCAAGACCGGCAGCAUUUUGUGGAGAACGAUGAGAUGUACUCCCUGCAGGACCUAGUGGACAUCAACAUUGGCCGCCUCAGCUGCUCUCUGACGGAGAUCCAUACUCUCUUUGCCAAACACAUCAAGCUAGACUGUGAGCGGUGUCAGGCCAAAGGCUUUGUAUGUGAGCUCUGCAAAGAAGGUGAUGUACUUUUCCCCUUCGACAGCCACACGUCAGUAUGCACAGACUGCUCUGCUGUUUUCCACCGGGAUUGCUACUAUGACAACUCUACCACAUGCCCCAAAUGUGCCCGGCUGAACUUGCGGAAACAGUCACUCUUCCAGGAGCCCAGUCCAGAAGCUGAAGCCUAGAAUGCUGGCACCCCUGACCCAGCGCCCUGCCAACACACCAGCCACUGCCAGCACCAAAGACAAGGUGUUGCAAUAUUAAGGAAACUCCCUAGUGAUUCAGGGAGUAGCUAUGCUGCUGGCUCUUCUCCCUCUGUGGGACUGGAGAUGUGAACAAAGCAAACAAGGACAGUCAUCCAAGAGCACAGAGGACAGGGUUCUUUUGGAAUUAAGAGAUGUGGGUGGUUCUUGGGUACCAUGUUGUGUAGUUGAUGCUAUCCCAGCUCUUAGGGCAGGAGUUAUGGUAUGAAGUGGUCUAACUGGGCAGAAGCAUCCACAUUAGUCCCAGCUCCUGUGUUGGUGGGAAUGGGCUAUGAGGCAGAUGUCCUCAACACAAGGAAGCAAAGCCCAGCUUCCCUUUGGGACCCAGGGUGCAGUGCCCAGGGACCCUUUCAGGUAUUUCUUACUGCUUGGUGUGUGGGAAGCUGUGUAUGUAUAGACCAGUCCUGCCUUUAGAAUAGAAGAGUAGCAAGUUUAGCUACCAGCAUGGACACCCAAUGAAUAUGGGCCAAUCAGACUCUGUUUUGAGAUUGUGAAAACUUCUUUCCCGAGAUUGUUUAUGGUUCCCUCAAAGGUAGCAGCGGGGUUUAUCUAGUAUGUCUCAUACCACUUCCCUCCCUGGGACCUCUAGCCUUUUGGAGGCUGCUAGUUUUCUUGGCUAAGGCUGUUAAUUACCAUCUACUAUAGCCCUGCUCCCCAUGUCCUUGCUAGAGACACCUGGCCAAGUGGGAAAUGUUUCUUUUUACUCUAGGUCCUUUUUGGGAGAAGGGGAAGCACUACUGGGCUAAUGGGAAAUGCCUGUCAUAUAUUUUUGCUUAAUCCAUAUAGCCCUCCUUGUUUCUGCCCACAAUUCUGCUAAAGGCAGAAGAAAUAGGUGCUUCUCUUGCUAGGUGGCAUGACAGAUACUCUUCCUUCUUUGGCUCAGUUUAACUUGUGUCUUUGGUGUUCUCAGGAAGGCCACCAUAUGGGCAAGAGAAGAGCAGCCUCCUGAGAAGGGGUGCCCUGCAUUCCAGACAAUACAAGUGAUGGUAGCUGCUCUAUGCAAAUACUGGGUCGGUCAUAAAGAGAAAAAUACAUAAGAGAAAAAAUACAAGAGAAAAAAGUUUGUCAGGAGAGAAAGAGACAGAACACUCUUCACAAAAGGCAAUCUUUACAUUUCUCUGGACCAAAUUGCCAUCCAGGAACCUUGUUUUUGCCACUCUAGUUCCCCAUGAAGGAAGACUUUGGGGCUGGAGAAUGCAAGGCUGGAAAUCACAAGGCCUUUCCUGAAUAUUUGACAGUCUUUUUGUUUACAUGUAGACCUGGGACAUUCUGAUCCCAUUUCUAGCCUCACAAAAGGCCCAAGUUUGGGAGCAAACUGCUUUAUUCCCUUCAGCAAAAGAUAAAUGGUGACAAGUAGGAGGAUAGGGAUAAACUUUCAAUAAGGAACAUUUGUAUUAGGUAGCCAUUUUUCAUUGUGGAAUUAGAGGCUAUAUCUCUUCUAGGGCCUUUACCCCUCCUCCUUCCUCUCUUCACCAGGCUUUCUCAUUCCUUUGGGGUUCAGAGAGACCACAUACUGGAAGAUUAUUCUAUUUGUAAAAAAAGCUCCUGAUGGAGACUAUAGCUGAGUUUCUGGUCCCUACCGUAAGGGGGAAGGGUCCCAAAUACUUGGUGAAGAAGAAAACUACAAUGUCUUGAAAAGGAGAGCCAUUCCCUACUCCAUUCAGGUCAGUCCCUUAACACACCCCCUUGUAGCACUGACAGGAAAGUAUUGACUUUUGGCUUAGAGAGGUAAAUAUCUGGGUCAAAGGAAAACCAUGGAAAAAAUCACCAGGUGUCUGUGAUAUCCUCUAGCUUUAGUGAGCUGGGUUGGAAUAAUAGCAUGUGGAAUAUCUGCCUCUGACUACAACCUGUUUCCCUAGCAGUGGCAUCCUCAUGAUCUUUGCUUCCCUUUUCCUUCUCUGCACAUAUUAUGCUUGAGUUGGCCUUGUGCUUUCUCAAUGCAGAUGGUGUACAACAUCAUUGAAAAGCAGCUCUAGGACAGGAUGGAUUGGGGCUCCCUUUGGACAUCCAUUUCUCUUCCUUAUUAGAGCAGAGGAGUUGGGUUUUUUGUGUAGACAAGAGGGCAAGGUGGCUCCAUGGCACAACUUGCAUAUUGGACAAAUGGAACGUGGCCCAGUUAGUCUCUGAAUCUCAAUGAUCCUCUAUUCCACUCUAUUCCUCACUGGGAUGUAUCAUGGCAAGAACACAGAAUUAUGUCCAUCUGCUCAAAUUCUGUGGUUUUGGGCAAGUCAUUUCAUCCAGAUGUCUUAGUUUGCCCCACCUUAAAAAUGGGGACAGAAAUUGUAAUACUGACCUACCUAAUGGUGGGGCUGUGAGAAAGUUAAUGCAGGUAAAGCACUUUAGCAGGUGUGUUUAAUGUGAGUGCUAAAUGUUAUUUUACAGGACCUCAUACUUCCUUAUCUUCUUUGUAAUAGAAGGGGAGGGGGAAAUCAACUGACUACUUUUUAAAAAUAUCCUUUGAUCUUUUCCUCAUUCCCAAAAUUCCCUUCUAUAUGACACUUCUGAUCAUUGAAUUGGAUUUAUAAUUUACUCUGGAAUAAGGGUCAUGUAUGUUAUUGGGGUUUUCCUAACAUGUAAUGAAUAGAAAAAGAACAACCAAAAAAAUGGCUUCACACAAAAAUAUAGUAGCUAGCAAUUGUUGGGAAAAGUUCAUUCUCUUUCUUCAAGAACCUUGCCUCCUUUACUAUUCCUUCUGGAGGAAUAAGCCUUGCUUUUGACACAGAUCAUGGGUCCCAUAAGUAAAAUAAUUUCUCGAAUCUUCACCAGUGUCCCUGUCAUAUUUACAAAGGAAUAAAUAAGCCAAGGGGCCAGCUAGGGUAUAUAACAGGCACACUCCAUUAUGCCAUACUCUUUCUGCAGAUAGAAGGGAAAUGCUUCCAAUGAAAACAAAGGGGGUUAGGCCUUGUGACAGUAUCUGCCUUUGUUAAGCACAAAGCCAGGCUGCUCAAUGGCAAGCAAGGUACCCAAACACUUGCCUAAGAAAUGGAUUCAGCAAAUUGUAUUGAUUAUCCAAAUCAUUGUAUUAUUAAAUAAUUUUAAUGUA